AUGCAGGAGCAGACAGAUAAAGAGCCAAAAUCGUUGGUUCAAGAUGAAAAUUCAAUGAUACGCGAAAUUAUUGCCACUGAAGCUGCUUAUCUAGAAUGUAUACGCGUCACUGUCGAAGUAGGAUUACUCGAAUAUAUGCCACUGUUUGUUACGUCGGAACCAAAUAAAGUGAAACUGAUGAAGCGUCUGCAGUCGCUGGUAUUUGGGGCUAUCGAAGAUGUUUACGUUUAUCAUACAAAUAUGAUUUACCCUGAUAUCAUAGUCUUAAAAGAUGUUGAAGAUGCUCGUCUAGCGGAGAAAUUUGCAGAGGCGAUUGCAGAGAAAAAAGACUAUUUUGAUGCAUAUGGUUUCUAUGUCCAAGCAAGACCCGCUUCAAAAAUGUUAUUGGCUUAUAACCUUGGACAACACAAAAGUUUGCAGUUAAUUGAUGAAGCUCUUAGUGUUGCUAACAAGACUCGAGAAGAAUUGGAAAGGGUUUUACAAGAGCCCAUUAAUCGCGUCCGAAAAUACGCAAAGGCCCUUGCAAAGAUAAUUUCAAAAAUGGCGUUGGACGACCCGGAGAUUGACUUGCUUUCCGACGCAUUUGCUGCUGUAGAUUUGGAAGAGGCAUACAAAACAGCGGUAGCUGAAUGGGCUGCGGAAAGAAUUAAGGACUGCCCCGUGGAUUUGCAGUUAGUUUUCAGUGGGAAAAAGCUUAUUUUAUUCAAUUCGUGA